ACCCACACUGUACAUUACUGUCGUGUUGUGCGGGACAGAGCGCUGUCCACUGUCCACCAAUAGUGAACUUGGGUCACGAAGGCAUUUAUAAUCCAUAUCCAGCACUUGUUCACGCACAACUGGUUCCUACCUCUUUGUGAAGAGCAGAUGUGGAGGCUGCUGCUGAGUCAUCCCAUUAAGGGGGCUGUCUGAGGAAUUAGCUAGUCUAGAAUAUCUGUGGAGCAUGGUGAGAGACAGGAAGUCUGCGGUAGGGCUCGCAUUUCGUGGAAAGAUGUAAGAAGAGACCAGGGAGAUGCUGGCAUGCCCUUUCAGGGCCAUAUGUCAUCACUGUCACCACACACAGAAGCACACCCCUGAAGUGCCCUAGAGUCCAUAUGUUUUUGCACUUUAUGAGUUUUGGUCAGUAUGGAAGAGGCAGACCUGGUCAAGGAGCGGCUCCAAGCCAUAACGGAUAAGAGGAAAGUCCAAGAGGACAUUGCUCAUAAAAAGUUGGAGAUUGACAAGGAGAAACUAAAGCUUCAGCACUUAAAGAAAAAGUCAUUGAGAGAACAAUGGCUCAUGGAUGGAGCAGCAAUGCAGAGCCCACAGCAGAGAGACACCUUGAGAGGAGAUCAACAACAAACUAAGCUCCUCCAGAACAGCAUUCACAGGAUUGAGAAAGAGAUUGAGGCUCUGGAGAGGGAAGAGACGAUGAUAUCGAAAAACGAGGGCUUCAUACUGAAGAGGCUGAAAGCUAUCGAGAAAACCCCUGAGGAGAUAAUAAAGGAGGCAAAUGAGAAUUUCAAAGAAGAGCCAAUCCAUAUCGCCCCAGCUAGUCCAGAUGUCCCAAAGUCCUACAAACCUCAAAUUUCAAGGAAGCAGUCUAGUAAGGACACACCCAAACAAACCAUGUUUGCAAUGGAGAUCAAUGUCCAGAAGGACCUCCGUACUGGGGAGAGCCGGGUCCUGUCUACAUCCACCGUCACCCCCCAGGAGCUCCAGCAGAGAGGGGUCAAAGUCUAUGACGACGGCCGCAAGUCCGUCUACGCCCUGCGGUCUGAUGGGUCUCACCUGGGGGAUGGCUCUAAAGGAGUGGAUGAGCUCAGCCCUAUGGAGGUGGAGGAGCUGCUACGAGCAGCCACAGAGCAGAAGAAGUCUCAGAGUGGACCUCGGGAACCAGCACCUGCAUUCUCCUCCAACUGUGGCCCUCGUGGCCCCCAGGAGCUCAGCCCUAUGGAGGUCGAGGAGCUGCUCCGAAAGGCUACAGUGCAGAAGAUGCCUCAAAGCGGGGCUUUCCCACGGGACCAUCAGGUUCACCAGGAAUCAGUGCCUGCAUUCUCCACCACCUCCGGUAGGAGGGCCUCGGCCUCAAACAGGCCCCAACAGAGUCAUGCUAAAGUCCUCCAUGGAAUCAACGGGAACGGGUAUCAGCAGGAGUUGUAUGAGCAUGACGUCCUCUCCAGGAAGGAGCUCCACUACAUUGAUGGAGUCCACUACUCAGGGCCGAAGAGUCUCUCCUCCUCCCCUCACAUUCCAGUCCGCUCUAUCAUCUGCAGGCAGGACGAGGAGUACUACCAGCCAACCAGUGGGUACAACCAGAACCCUUUCUCCUACGGCGGGGAGUUUCACCCCACCCACAACUCCUACCAUAGCCCUAGAGAGAGCCAGCAAGGCGGGAUGUUUUACAACUCGUCGGCUAAAAAGGAAACAUCUCCGAUCUACCAGGAAGACUCACACUUCAGUGUCCUGAACGCCAUAGACACGUCUGAGCCUGUCUCUGCGAUCUUUAUGGGCUACCAAACCGCUGAGGAUGAUAGUGGACGUGGUCUGGGCUACGAAGGAUCCAUCCGGGCCGAGCUUGUCGUCAUUGGCGAUGAGGAUGGGGUGGACGAGAGUAACCCUCAGCUUAACUCCUACAACCCGGAAGGAUACAACAACUGGGGUUACCAUCACUCUCAACCUCAACAGAAAUUAAUACAGUACAUGGCAGAGCCCAACGCUAAUUUUAACACUAACUACGUGUCACCGUACACAGCGUCAAAGAAGUUGGUCUACCCUGGUCAACAGACCAAAGAGGCACACUACCCGUAUUCAGACGGACAGUUCGACAAGGACAGAACAGUGAAGUACUCAGCCCCAGCUUCAAGUACGUGUAUGGAGAAACCUGAACAGUUUGUGUAGAAAUACGCCAUGAAAGACUCAUCAGCCCUUCAAGUUCCAUGACGAGAAAGGAAGAAAACCAACUUUGCACAACACAUUCGACUAACACCAAGCACGCUUCUGUGAGGCCAUCAAUAGCUAAAACCAGAGCUUUAUAUUUGGAUUCUAAAUAUAACUCUCAAUAUAAGGUUCUGUUUAAAACUGUAAAACAUAUGUUUGCUCAUAAUGUUUCCUUACACAGAGUAUUAGAGCUUAAAAUAUACAAAUUGUCAUUUAAAGAAGGAACAACCAGUCUAAAACAGACUUUUGAAAUGAAUAUCUGAUUUUAAUGCAAAAUCUGCAAGUUCCAUGUUCCUGAAGAUAUACAGUGCAUUCGGAAAUUAUUCAGACCCCUUAACUUUUUCCACAUUUUGUUACGUUACAGCCUUAUUCU